GCGUGCCUCAAUCAGUUUUUGCAGGCUCAUUGUUCAACCUGCUAGCGACCAUGUCGGAGUGUACGCCCAGGUACUGUAUCAUCGGAGCCGGAGCAGGUGGGCUCACCUGUGCAAGACAUGCCAUCGACGCAGCUGUGAAAGUCACCGUAUUUGAACAGACCGACCGUAUUGGAGGUACCUGGGUUUACACGGACGCCGUUGGACACGAUCGGAAUGGGGUACCCAUUCAUACCAGCAUGUACGAGGGGCUGCGGACCAAUCUUCCUCGGCAAAUUAUGGGCUUUCCGGAUUGGGACAUCGAAUCGGAUGUUUCGUACGUCAAACAGGCGGAAGUCCUCAAAUGGCUGGAGGGCUACGCAGAAAAGUUCAAAUUGCAAAAGCUUAUCAAAUUUGAGCACCAAGUGAUAAGAGUGUCAACGACCUACAACGAUGGAAGCAAGUGGGAAGUGAUUGUGAAGGAUUUGCGUAACCAACGAUACGAUACGUACGAGUUCGACUACGUAAUGGUUUGCAAUGGUCACUACACGCAUCCGAUGAUUCCGGAAUAUCUUGGCAGGGAUAGCUUCGAAGGUUUGCAACUUCACAGCCAUGAUUAUCGCAAUGCCGAUCAGUUCCAGGAUCUGGAUCUUCUACUAGUCGGCGCCGGAUACAGCUCAUCGGAUAUUGCAAUCGCCACUGUUAAGGUGGCAAAAAGUGUCACCAUCAGUCAUCAUAAUCCGGAAAAGGUUGACUUCGAUAUAGAUGGUUCGGUGACAGUAAAACCAGCCGUCUCCAAGCUGACAUCAAAUGGAGUGGAAUUUGUAGAUGGAACUGAAAUGAGCUUCUCAGCUGUUAUCUACUGUACCGGCUACAAGCAUACCUUUCCAUUUCUGAGUGUCGAUUGUGGCAUUCGCGUGGAAGAUAAUCACGUGCAACCAUUGUACAAGCAUGUUAUCAAUAUUAAUCGCCCGACGAUGGCACUGAUUGGGGUUCCCUUCUAUUGCAUCCCCACUCAGAUGAUGGAUCUACAGGCUCGGUUCUGCAUGAAGUACUUCACCGGCGAGAGGAAACUUCCCUCUAGAGACGAUAUGCUCCGGGAUAUGGAAGCGGAUAUUGCCGAACGGAAGCGACGGGGCUUACCGAGGAAGUGGAUGCACAAACUGCCGGGGGAUCUGCAGUCGAAGUACUACGAUGAUUUAGCUACAACUGCCGGGAUUAAACCAAUUAGACCUGCUCUGAUGAAGCUGUUUGACGAGUGCUUGCGGCGUCGAGGGGAAAGUGUCCAGUUUUAUCGGGAAGAUAAUUUUGAGAUUGUCAGUGAUGAAGAAUUUCGGACUUUAUGAUAGAUGAAUGAGCACCUUCGAUCUGCAAAAUAAAAACCAAUGGUAUAGGUAUUGA